GUCAGAAAAAAAAAAGUUUGCAGAAUGUCCCACACCGAAAAAAAAAAAAUCCGAAACCGAGUGAAAAAAACCUGCGAGUGGGCCUGGCGGAUGGGAUUAUUCCAGCCUCGCCGGAGCCGCGGCUCGCCCUCCCGCUCCGCCAGCCUCCGGGAGAGCAGCCGCGCCCGCCGGCCCGGCCCCCAGCCCCAUGGACCUCCGAGCAGGGGACUCGUGGGGGAUGCUGGCUUGCCUGUGUACCGUGCUCUGGCACCUUCCUGCGGUGCCAGCUCUAAAUCGCACAGGGGACCCAGGGCCUGGGCCCUCCAUCCAGAAGACCUACGACCUCACCCGCUACCUGGAGCACCAACUCCGCAGCUUGGCUGGGACCUACCUGAACUACCUGGGGCCCCCUUUCAACGAGCCUGACUUCAACCCCCCUCGGCUGGGGGCAGAGACGCUGCCCAGGGCCACCGUCAACCUGGAAGUGUGGCGAAGCCUCAAUGACAAACUGCGGCUGACCCAGAACUACGAGGCCUACAGUCACCUCCUGUGUUACCUGCGGGGCCUCAACCGCCAGGCCACCACGGCUGAGCUGCGGCGCAGCCUCGCCCACUUCUGCACCAGCCUCCAGGGCCUGCUGGGCAGCAUUGCAGGUGUCAUGGCAGCCUUGGGCUACCCUCUGCCCCAGCCCCUGCCUGGGACUGAGCCCACCUGGGCCCCUGGCCCUGCUCACAGUGACUUCCUCCAGAAGAUGGACGACUUCUGGCUGCUGAAGGAGCUGCAGACCUGGCUGUGGCGCUCAGCCAAGGACUUCAACCGGCUCAAGAAGAAGGUGCAGCCUGUGGCGGCUGCAGUCACCCUGCACCUGGAGGCCCGUGGCUUCUGACCCCUGACUUUAACCACCUCCUCUCCGUUCCCUCCAGAGGAGAGGGAGCCCCGUGUGCCCACGCUCGUGAGUCCGUAGACAGACCCACGAGCCUCUGGCCUUCUCCUGGUCUGGGGAAGCUGGGAUGCACUGGGCCCCAUCCCCUCCCCAUUGCCCAGAGUCCUUUGGGGCUGGGGAAGAGGUGCAAUAGGCCUGUUCCCACAGGAGGUCAGGCUCAAGGGAUUCCAGAGGGCUUCAAGUUGGUGCCCCAGCUCUCAUGGCCUCUUAUCUCCGGCCUACCACUUGCCUGUGCCAACCUGGCUCCUGCGGCAGGUCUUCCAGAAGCACAUAUGGAGGGCAGGGUUGGGGAUACCCUAGCAUGUACCUUCUUGGGGUGAAGCCCUUUGGCUGCCUCACUUCCUUGGGUUGCUCCCUAGCUCCCAAUAACGAUACCUGCACGUUAGGAGACAUACACGGCUGUGCGUCUAACAAGAGACAGGAUUCCUGGGGGAGAGGAGAGGCUGCCCUGCA